GGAGGGGUGCUGUCUGGCUUCCGGUUUUAGGCUGAAUUUGACACACAAUGAGGUGCAGGGAACAACCUAUCGCGAAACGCCGCUGUAAAUAAAUAGAACAAUCACUGAAGCCACAGAAUCAUGGAGAAUCAGUGCACAGUGCAGGUGAAGCUGGAGCUAGGACACCGAGCCCAGUUGAGGAAGAAGGUGACCUCGGAGGGCUUUACCCACGACUGGAUGGUGUUUGUGCGAGGGCCUGAGACUGGGGACAUACAGCACUUUGUGGAGAAGGUUGUCUUCCGGCUCCAUGAGAGCUUCCCCAAACCCAAGAGAGUAUGCAAGGAGCCACCAUACAAAGUGGAGGAGUCGGGCUACGCUGGGUUCCUCAUGCCUAUCGAGGUCUACUUCAAGAACAAGGAGGAGCCUAAGAAGGUGUGUUUCAACUAUGACCUCUUCCUGAACCUGGAGGGGAACCCCCCUGUCAAUCACCUGCGCUGUGAGAAACUCACCUUUAACAACCCCACACGGGAGUUCAGACGCAAGCUGGUCAAGGCUGGAGGGGUCAUGGUGGUGCCGGAAGGGACAGAGGCGGUGUCGAGGCCUAGUCCAGACUACCCCAUGCUCCCCACCAUCCCACUGUCUGCCUUCUCAGACCCCAAGAAGACCAAGACCUCCCACGGGUCAAAGGAGCCCAGUAAAGAGGGCAGUGGAGGCAGCAGUAAAGGGACCAAGCCCCACAAGCUGACCAAGGAGCACCGCGAACGCCCCCGCAAAGACUCUGAGAGCAAGGCUGCGUCAAAGGGUGACAGUGACCGCGACGGGGGAGGAGGGGGCAGCAGCAAGAGUGCCCGUGAGCCCUCAUCCUCCUCUUCCAAGAAGCCAGCGGAGAUCAAAGUGAAAGACGAGGGCAAGGUCCUUCCCAAGGCCGCCUUCAAAGAGCCCAAACUCACACUGAAGGAGGCCAAGAUAGAGGGCAUGUCCCCCAAAGGAGGGGGGACUGGGGGAGGGGUCCCACUGGAGCCCAAAGCCCCUGGGAAGCGGCCUUCCACCGCGGAGUCUCCCAAACCCAGUGCCAAGAAGCCAAAGAAGGGCAGCUCAGAGGGAUCUAAGGUGGCAGCUGCAGUGCCCUUCACUGGAGCCUCUCCCCGGGUCUCGUCAUCAUCUUCAGUCAUCCCAGGCUACCCAGAGAAGAAACCCCCCAAGGAGAAAGGCCGCUGGCCCAAGAGCAGCAAGGCCGACACUCAGGAGGCCAAGGAGCCCAAGAAACUGCCUGAGUCUGACGACUCCAACUCUGAGGAUGAAGCCUCCUCCAAAUCAGAGCAGUCAGUCCCCUCCAGUCCCUCUAACUCCAGCUCCAGCUCUGACUCCAGCUCAGAGUCUGAUUUUGAGCCUGGACAGAAACAAGGCCAAGGCCCGCUGCGCUCUAUGGUGGAGGACCUACAGUCAGAGGGGUCAGAUGAUGAUGACAGCAGCUCAGAGGAAGGGACGCCUGUCAAGACCAACCCGCCCAACCGUGACUCUCGACUGAGCCUGGACAGCGAGAGUGACAGCAGUGAAAGCUCGCACCGCCCCAGUCGAGACCCGGCGCCGCCUCCACAGAAACACAGCUCCUCCAAUAACAAGGUCUUGGGCAGGAAGAGCCCAGACAUCUGCAGCCGCCCAGAGAAGGUGCUGAAGAAGGGAUACGACAAGGUAGGAAGGGCCUACACAGAGGAGUUGGUGGACCUCCACCGCAGACUAAUGGCUCUGAGGGAGCGCAACGUCCUACAGCAGAUAGUGAAUCUGAUCGAGGAGACGGGCCACUUCAACGUGACCAACACCACCUUUGACUUUGACCUGUUCUCUCUGGACGAGUUGACCGUCCGCAAACUACAGAGCUGCCUGGAGACCACGGCCACGUGACAGGAAGCCUGCAGCGCAGAGGACCGCGGCGGGGCCGGUGCUGGGCUGCUGUCUCUCCUCAGCCCCUGGACCCCCACUGGGGAGGUGGAGCUGUAGCAGAGCUACAGAGAGAAACCACAGAAUAACAAUAGAACACACACUUUCACUAUUUGCUGGAGAAUGGAGGAACAGGACGAGGGAGGAGAGAGGAGAGAGGAUGAGGUCAGAGCAGCUAUGCCACUGUCCCGCUAACCUGAACUGGACUGGGGGACCAGACUAGAGGAGCUGGCCUGGGACUGGCAAGAGAUGUAUUAUAUAUGUUUGUUAUGGAGAGCAGCAGAGCAGCCUGUGUGCAGAACUGUGGAAUGCGACCACUCUCCUCCCCCUCUCGCCUCACUUCUAGCCAUUGCAAACCCAAUACUUCCCUCCUCCUCUCCUUCCUCCCCACUCACACACUCUUACCCGGCACAACACUCCUCCCCUCCCCCUCAUCUCUGCUGGAGUUAAUUUCUCUGUAGGAAUAUUCCUGUCUAUGCAUGCAUGCAUUCGGGUGUGUGUCUGUGUGAGCAUUUCAGAGGCUUUAGGGGGGAUGUCUUUGGUUAGUCACUUUUUCAGUGUUCUUUAAGCUAGCUUGAGCACAAGCAACAGCCCUUACACACACACUCACAGUGAGAGGCAUUUGGGUCCCAUGCCAGGGUGUCUCUACACACGCAGGCACUAAGUUGUGUAUGUGCCUGUUGGUGGUAGUGUUCUGGAUGGGGUUCAUCUCUUGUCAGUUUGUCAGUUCAAACAUCCCUCCCUCCUUCCAUCUCGAUGUGCAUGAAAGGGCUCAACAGUUAGGGGAAAUAGCUGUGGAGGAUCACUUCUGAAUGGCCUUUUUAAGUGGUGGGGGGUAAAAAGCCGUAGCCAUAGACCCCCCCCCCCAAAACAAUGGUCCACGCUUUUUUACAUUUUAUUAUUGUACUGAUAAGUUUGGAGUAUUUGUGGGAUUGCGAUUCAGAUACCUGUGAGCUAUGAAUGUAUUACUGUUCAUUUUCUAGGGCUAGCAACAAACCUACUAUCAUCUCAGUGCCUUUAUGCGUUGGCCAGUGUGAGGGCCCACUGACACUGGUUAAAGAGCAAGUCCCUCUCCUGACUAAGUGUUACUUGGGAAGCCUGAAAGUCCAUUUGUCAUAAGUGCCCUCUCUUAAAAUCAGUUGAUGCUCCCAGUGGGGUUUCUCUGCUUCUUCCAGUGAUCUCUGCUAUUAUUAGGAACACAAGCCUUCCAGAAAUUCUAAGACUCAUCUGUUCAUCAGCGGUGGUACUUUGCCUUGUUUCUUUCCAGAUCCUAAUGGUUGUAUAGCUGAUAUUGUGUUGUGUCUGAGGUUUAGUUUUCUAUGGAUAGGGUCAGUGCCAGACCAGGCCUCAGUCAGCCAGCCAGUCAGUCAGCCUGCUAGACAUGUUUCUCUUACUGGGGCCCCUCUAGCCUUCACGUCCACUGUGGUUUCACACUCCGACUAACAGUAAAGUUUUCUCUUCGGGUGCUCCCCCUCACUGUCUUUCUGUUUCACCUAGUGAACAGCUGUAUUUAUUUUGAUGAUAAUAGCUUUAAUAGUUGUGUCCGUUCUGUUGCCUGGGCCUGCAAAGUGCACACACAGCUCUCUGGCCCUUCUUCUCCUCUGUGAGGGUGCUGUGGUGUUGAGGUCUGAAUGUGUGGAUCUGUUCUAGAGUGAAACAACAACCGCCUUAAGUUCCUCUCUGCAUCCACUCUGCUCUGUCCACCACCCCUUUAUUUGUCUGGCUGUGCCUAUGUCAACAUCCCUGCCAGGGAUUUUUAAAAGAUGUACUUUGCAACUGUGUGAGUGGGAUGGGUUGUGUGUGUCAAGCGAGAGGAACGUUCUUGUCCUCGUGUGUGUGAAUAUGAGGGGGGGGGGGGGCUGAAGGGUUGAGUGGCAGGCAGCUCUGUGCAGCUCUUCCAUAGAGAAGCCCCACCAACCGUCUACCAACAGUCAAUCUUUUAUUUAUGUACCUCUGCACUUUUGGCUGUGGUGACUUCAGUACUUAAGUAAUUAUCUAAACUGUAUUUUUAAGAAUUUUAUACAAUAUUUACAUGCAAUACAACAUGAAUAGAUUUUUUUGCCAACCUUUUUUUAAAUUAUUUAAUAGUUUUUAUUUGUGUUGGCAUGUGUUAUUAUACAUACAGAAACAUGCUGUCAAUUCUGUUAUUUUAGGCCUAAUGUUGCGCCAUGGAGAACUUCCCUGAAUGUUGUAUUGUGUAUCAUAGUUGUUGCAGUUGGACACCAUGGAACAGGUGUUGGGAAUAUGUUUGAUGUAUGAGCUAACCAAGUCUAUAUCAUACGGUAUACAUUUAUCAAGGAGGAAAAGGUGGACUUUUCAGUGAGAAUAAGUAUUUUUAUGUGUAUGUCCUAUUAUAAUUUGAGUAUUUUUAACUCAAAGUAUGAGGCAGUGUUCUAUUUGUCCGUACUCUAUGAGGCAUGGUUACGAAGCCCAGGCACAAACUCACCCUCUCUUUGGUUCAAUAUUGAUCUGUAUUUUUAUCCAAGUGCGAUCCCUUAAACUGUUAAACAAUAACACCAUA